AUGGCAAGUGAAAAGCCAAGCAAGCUUCCAGACGACAUCACUUUAGGUUUUAUUGGCGCUGGCAAAAUGGGAAAGGCAAUCUGUGGUGGCCUAAUCAAUGCAGGCAUGGUGAAGCCCAGAAACAUUUCAGUUCAUGACCGGAAUACAAACAUGUUGGAUUCUAUCAGGGGUUUGGGCGUGACUAUUGCCAAGGACAACGGAGACGUUGUCAGGAGAAGUCAGUUUGUAAUACUGGCUGUGAAGCCCCACAUAGUGCCCAUAGUGCUUAAAGAGAUUAACAGAGUUGUCGAACCGAAUAAUCUGAUAGUCUCCAUAGCAGCUGGUGUUACCAUAGCAACCAUUGAAAAUCUCCUGCCAGCAAAAACACGGGUGAUACGAGUAAUGCCGAAUACACCAGCCCUGGUGCAGACAGGUGCGGCAUACGUGUCCCCGGGGACCUCUGUGAAAGAAGGGGACGUGGACCUAGUGGCAGAGAUCUUUAGUAGUGUGGGCAUAUGUGAAGUGGGCAGAGAAGAACUGCUGGAUGCUAUAACAGGUCUCAGUGGCAGUGGGCCAGCUUAUAUUUAUGCUGCGAUUGAGGCCAUGGCAGAUGGAGGCGUGAAGAUGGGUUUGCCCCGAGAUAUGGCUCAGCGAUUGGCUGCUCAGACUGCCAUGGGUGCUGCUAAGAUGGUUUUGGAGACUGGUAAACACCCAGGGCUUCUAAAGGAUGAGGUCUGCUCACCAGGGGGUACCACUAUAGCUGCGAUGCACCGACUCGAAAAGGGUGGAUUCCGGGGAGCAUUGAUAGAUGCCAUCGAGGCAGCGACAUUGCGAUCUCAGGAGCUGGGAACAAAAAGCCCUGGAGAAUGAUAACAUUUAUACGUAGGAAAUCUAGUCAUCUUGUCCCAUGAGUUAUUUUCAUGAGUUAUCAGUGGUAAUUUUGGAGCAAAACUUGGUUAUCAAGACAAUCCUGUUAGUCAUUGCCAUCCUGAGAGGUUUGAUAAAAUUACCAAGAUCAGGUUCCAUGUGUUGGUAAAUAACCAUUGUAAGCUACAUGUAUCAAAUUGGUUUGUUAACAGACCAAGCGUAGUGGUCAACAACCAAAAUUCGUUUGCUGCAUAUCAGAUGUGUUGGUUUAUACCAAAUCUAGUGUAAAGCUACACAUACCAAAUUGGUUUGUCCCAAACCAAGUGUAUUAAACAAACCGAUUCAUUCUAUGAAAUGUGUUGGUUUCUACAUGUACCAAAUUUGUUUGUUAUCAGACCAAGUGUAUUGGUCAACAAACCAUAACUUGUUUGCUACAGAUGAAAUGUGAUGGUUUAUACCUAUGGGAUAUCAGCAGGGUUUCUUCUCCCAACAGUGGCUUUAGUGUGAA